CCUACAUUGCCUUCAUGUUUUCACGGGUACGUACCUACAUUGCCUUCAUGUUUUCAUAGGUACGUACCUACAUUGCCUUCAUGUUUUCACAGGUACGCACCUACAUUGCCUUCAUGUUUUCACAGGUACGCACCUACUUUGCCUUCAUGUUUUCACAGGAACGUACCUACAUUGCCUUCAUGUUUUCACAGGAACGUACCUACAUUGCCUUCAUGUUUUCACAGGUACGCACCUACUUUGCCUUCAUGUUUUCACAGGAACGUACCUACAUUGCCUUCAUGUUUUCAGAGGUACGCACCUACAUUGCCUUCAUGUUUU